GCAUAAGUGCAACAAUUCACCAACCAAUUGCCGUGGUGCUUGUCAUUUCAAAUCCAACUGAAGUCGUUUCCCCCACCAAAUUUAACGUCUCUGGAGUGCUAUUUCCUUUGAGGCAACAUGAGGAAAAAAACGCCUGCUCCAAACGAAGUCAGUGUCACCCCAAUUAGAAGAUCGACACGCUUGCAACAGGAGAAAACUGCUGAUAAGAACGAACCUCAACCAGAACGAAGCAGAAGCCGGCCCGAUGACAUCCUGCAGCCGCGAGAAAGCAUCAAAGCUUACAAGAAGCAAGUAGAUCCCACUAAGGAACGACCAGAUCCACCAGAAGCUCCUUCAGCACCAGGAGCUCAACUGGACAUUGGACGACCAGCAGAGAAAGAGAAAGUCUCACCCCCCUUUGUGAGGCUGAGGAGAUUGGCGUUGAAGGAAGACCCUUCCCCACAUCCAGAGAGGGGAAAGGAGUUAGACACUCCAAAUAUUCAGUGGGAAGUGGUGAAGGACCGACAGUCGCGACUGCAUGUCUUGGACAUCUCAAAACCACAAAGCGGUAAGAAGGUUGGACAUCUUCAAGAGACAACCACACCGAGCCUGCGAAGACCAAUUGAAACCCGGAGGGAGCCGAGACAGGAGACCUGGACGGAAGUCACCCCAAGGAUCAAGUUGCCCCCAAUAAAGAAGAUGGAGACCACCACCAAGUUGCCACGUAGAGUUUCACCAGCAAAAGAAGACAACCAGAAAUGGUUCAAGUUCCCCAAGUUCUCUCGGUCUUCUCUCUGUUUCCCUCUCUUCUUCCCGCUCCUGAUCCUUACCUGCUGGCUCGUAUGGAAUCACGGAGCGACCACCUCGCUCGUGCUUGGAAAGAGCUCUUUAAUCUGGAAAAAGUUGACAAGGCUGUGGAACGAGGCGGAAGAAUGCAGCGCGCAGUGCAGCCUGGUGCUUCUGGAGAGCAUCCCAGACACCUUACAGUAUCCGCCUCCGAGUCCUCAGAAUCCCACCACUUACGAAGGGUGGAUGAACCUCCUCUCGGAAGCCAACAGCGUGGUAGAAAUUGGAGCUUUCUACUUUACCCUCCGAGGGUCCGAUUUACAGAUGGAAGAUGCUUCCGCCAAGCCGGGCCAGGAGGUGUUCGAUAUGCUACGCAGCCUGCCUUCCCGGGGGGUGAAGUUGGAGAUCGCGGUAAAUAGCCCUCAAACCUCCGAAGAUGACACUGAUGAAUUGACUCGUGACGGCGCCGAUGUGCGAUAUGUGAAGAUGAAGGAGCUGACGGGCGGGAUUGUGCACACCAAAUUGUGGGUCGUGGAUCGGAAACACCUCUACAUUGGCAGUGCCAACAUGGACUGGCGCUCCCUUACUCAGGUGAAGGAGCUGGGAAUCGCUCUCUACAAUUGUAGCUGCCUGGCUCAGGAUCUCCACCGGAUCUUUGCCAUGUACCGGAUCUUAGGCAAAGAGGGAGCCUCCUUGCCCACCACCUGGCCCAGGGAUCUGGCGGCUAAAUCCAGCCUGGAGGAACCUCGGAAGAUUCAACUAAACGGGGUAGAAGCCCAGGUCUACAUUUCUAGCUCCCCGCCGGCUCUCUGCUCCACCGGCCGGACAUCGGACCUCACCGCCAUUCUGAGCACGAUUGGAGACGCUCAAGAAUUCAUCUAUAUUUCUGUGAUGGAUUACGAGCCGCAGUGCAUCUACUGUAACCCAAAAAGAUUGUGGCCCGCCAUUGAUGAGGCCUUGCGGAGCGCAGCCUGCGAUAAAGGAGUGACGGUGCGUCUCCUCAUCAGCUGUUGGCGACAUUCAAGACAAACCAUGUUUGUUUUCCUGGAGUCGCUCCGGGUCCUGAGAAGGAGACCUCUCCAGUGCCCCAUCGAAGUGAAACUCUUUGUGGUCCCCACAGAAGGGAGAGAAAUCCCUUUCGCCCACGUCAACCACAACAAAUACAUGGUGACAGACCGAGUGGCUUAUGUCGGAACCUCCAACUGGUCGGAAGAUUACUUUCUCCGCACCGCCGGAGUUGGGCUGGUCGUUAACCAGAGCGACGUUGCCGCCGAAGCCCAAAAGUACACGUUGCGACAACAGCUGGCGGAUGUUUUCAUACGGGAUUGGGGAUCGCCGUACGCCCUCCCGCUUGAUAACCACUCGAAAUGUAUGGCGGAAUGAAGGGAGUGAAGGGGUCUCGCUUGAAGAGCAGGCCCGAAGCCUGGGCUCACUCCAUUUCUCGGUCCGCGAGGACCUUCCCGUAGUUUGGAUGCUCUCGGAGUGCCCCAAAGGUGCUUUUUCCCCCCCCCCCAAGAGGCUCUUGGUCUGCUUUUAGGAAAACGUCCGGCUGCUUUUGCAUUUCUUAAGAUCUGGCCUCCCCCCCACCCCCCCCGGGUUCGUAAUCUCUGAUCGGAGCAGAGGAGGAAACGCUAUUGCUGAUGUUAUCGUUCUAGGCUUUGAGAAGCUCCAACAGCUGGAGGACUAAGUGAGGGACAGAUCAUCAUGGAGUAAAAUCUAGCUAUGUGGUCACUAAGUGGACAAUUUGAUGGACUUCCCCUCCCUCCUUCAUCCAUCCAUCCACUCAUCCAUCCAUCAUCCUCCAUUAUCUAUCUAUCUAUCUA